AGUACAUAUUCUAUCGUCAACGUCUAAGGACAAGGUUGGCUGCGUAUUUGCGCCCGAACCCGUCCACCGCCACUAUUUUUUCUCAAGCGCCAUCUCAUCCCAGGAUUAUCGUUAUUCUUCGACGUUGCUUCUUGGUGUCGUUGGAGUCUAACCAGUACGGUUGUGUCGCGUCGUCGCGCUACUCUCGGUCCAACUGACAGCUAGCUAGCCAGUCUAUCACGACUGCCUCGUCGCAGCCAUGAUGGACGAGUUCGCCUCAGAGUCCGAUAGCGACUAUACCAGCUAUUGGCGAGACUGGUUCAUCUCCUCGCGCGGACACGAGUAUUUCUGCGAGAUUGACGAGGAUUACCUAACUGAUCGGUUUAAUCUAACUGGACUUAACACGGAGGUCCAAUACUAUCAGUAUGCUCUUGAUUUAAUUACAGAUGUAUUCGACCUCGACUGCGACGAUGAAAUGAGAGAGACCAUUGAGAAGUCGGCUCGUCAUUUGUAUGGUUUAAUCCAUGCUCGCUACAUCGUCACUACUCGUGGCCUAGCAAAAAUGUUGGACAAGUAUAAGAAAGCUGACUUCGGCAAAUGCCCACGAGUCUUCUGCCAUUCUCAUCCGCUUUUGCCUAUGGGUCAAACAGAUCUCCCUCAUCAGAAACCUGUCAAGCUUUACUGUGCUCGAUGUGAAGACGUCUACAACCCCAAGUCUUCUCGACACGCCAUUAUAGAUGGCGCGUACUUUGGGACAUCCUUCCACAACAUCAUGUUCCAGGUCUAUCCGGCGCUAGUUCCUCCGAAGAGCGCCGACCGAUAUAUUCCUCGCGUCUACGGAUUUAAAGUACACGCCACGGCCGCGCUGAUUCGCUGGCAAAAUACCCAACGCGCGGACAUGCUUCGACGGUUACGAAAGCUGGAGAUAGAGAGCGGGUUCAAAGACGACCUUGGCGACGAUGAUCUCGAGGAGGAGGACGAGGAGGAGGAAGAUGUAGAGCUUGAGGCGAUGGAAGGAGAGAUCGCGGGCUGAUUUUUGGUUACUCUACCACAUUCGAUGUAUGCUUUGGGAUCGCAAUACUCCCCUUGCGCUUUCCGACGCAUAUCUCUUCUUACAUCCGACGUUCUCCAGAUUCGUGUUAGCGCAGGUUCUACUCUGUGCCCUUAAUGGAAUACCGACUUGAUGUGGGGAAUAAACAUGAAAUGGGUGGUGCUGGUGGUAUUAGUAAUGAAGACACAAAUUUGGCAUUAUGUCGGCGUUUGAGAAGGAUGGUUUGUCAUUCUACGGCGUUCAGAAGAUUCCCCGAGCAUAUAGUAGUAUCCCGGCAUUGGUAACCCGCAACCAUAGGACACUAAUAAAGUGCAUCUCCGUAAUCUCUCCGUAAA